GCGUUUGCGUGUAUGCGUUGCGUUACUCUAGCUAACCUACAAAGUUAGAAUUGAAAGUCCUUGGAGUCGCGUUCCGACCGUGCUAGCGAUCGGACGCACAGAGUGAUCGAGUAAUUUAUCUCUGGUUAAGAGGUUAUAGCAAGCGCGGGGUAGUUGAGUUGUCACAGUUUUGAGGAUCAUAAAGUUGACCGAACAAAAGGAACAGCUGGACGAUGUCAGAAAUUCCCCCGAUCGGACGGGGGAAUAGAUUCAACCCAUAUCGUAAGGAGAGUGGCAAAACGAACGAGAAAGGAAGAGCAAGGAGCCGAGUUUUUGGAUAGUAUAGAGGACAUGAUAGAGACAGAGAAUGACGAGGAGAGUAACGUAACAAGUAAAUUACAAUUAAGAGCAAGCAGUUCAAUUAAGGAAACAGGUUCGCAAUCAAGCGUGAAUCAACCAGACAAAGAUGCAGAUAUGGAGCUGUCGGAGGAGAUUAUAGAUUCGAGCCAAGAACCAAGUACCAGGACAAGGAAUGCAGAGGACGAUACACAAACAACCAACCGAAAGGAACAGGAAAAUGUCAACAAACAAGUAACGAAUAUAAAUAAGGUCAUAAAGUCAGAUAGCUUUGUCGUGAUUAACGGUAUUCUUGAGAAAGUUAGCGAUAUAGAUAAAGAAACCUAUGACAAAAUAUUUCGUUUAAACAAUCAGAGAUAUGAUAGCAAAAUUACAAAUGUAUGUAAAAUUAAUUGUAAAAUUAACACAGAUCAUGUUAUGUCAAAUAGGGGUAAGAACUGUACAAAAAUUUUACUGUGGUGCAAUAAGAAUGGGGUAUUCCCUAUUAAUAUAGAAAUGAUAAAAUUUAAUCUAUCAACAAUAAGUUUUAAAAAUGCAAAAGAAGCUAAUGAUUGUUUAGACAAAAUAGACAAAGUAGAAAAUAAAUGGCUCACCGGUUUUAUAGAUAAAAAGUUAGUUACGUGUAGAGGUGUAAUUGUCGACUGGCCGUUCGAGAUACCAGAAUUAUGGGAAAAUAUAGUUGAGAGGGAAGAUAUAUUAAAAAUAGAGAAAAUGAAAAAAAGCAUUUGGAAUAAAACGGAUAAGAAAUACGAGGUAGUCAAUACGAAUAAUUUUAUUAUAACUAUGAAAGGGAAUAAAAUUAAAGAUAGUUUAACAAUUUUUAAUAAUUUACACAUAAGUCUAAGAAUCAGACCAUAUGUAGAACCAGUGGUUCAAUGUUUCAAAUGUUUCAUAUUUGGUCAUAUCAAAACACAUUGUAAGAGAGAGGUUAGAUGCAUUAUUUGUGGAGAAAAUGCACACGGAGAGUGCAACAGGUUGACUACGUGUAGAAAUUGCGGAGGAGAUCAUAGAUCCACCGCAAGAAAUUGUCCAGUUUUUCUAAGAAAUAAGGAAAUAAAAGUUAUUAUGGCAUAUAAUAAUAUCUCAUUCACAGAGGCUGAAAGAUUGAUUACUGGGAAGAACUAUGAACAAAUAAUUCCGAAAUAUGAUAGGUACACCAAUCCAAGCGCAUGGCCUAAGCUAAAACAAAAUAUUGUAAAGAAUGAUUUCAGAAAAGAAAAAGAAAACCCAACGGUUAUACAUGGCCCUUCGAGAGAAGGACAAGGUUAUACACACAAACCCAAAGAACGAGAAGCAUUCAGAAGAGAAAAAGAAAAAAUUGAGGAAGGAAGACAGGCGUACUUAAAUUAUUAUAGAGAAUUCCAAAAAAAAAUCGAGGAGCCUUUACAAAAAAGAAGUGAAUUCUUAGCUCAAAUUAUGAAGGAUAAAUGUAAAGAGUCUGAAGACUUUAACAGAGACUUUGCAAAUUUGUUACAUAAACAUAGAAUACCUUUGGACCGAUUUCCAAUUUAUAAUGAAAAAGAGGAUAUUCGACAAGAAGAAAAUAACAGAGAAAUAUAUGUAAGAAAGAGGAAAAUGGAGAAAUAUCAAGAAGAAUUAACCAAAGCUAAGAUGGUAAGACAGAAUAUGAAAAGAAACUAUUGGGAAGAUAGAAAUAAUAAAGAAGAUAAGAGCUAUUAAGACUAACCAAUGUCUACCAUACUUUUAUGGAAUGCAGGAGGAUUUAAGACAUAUAAAUCUAACAAUGCAACUAAUAGUGGUGGAGUUGCAAUUUUAGUUAAAAAUAACAUUGAUUUCGAAGUUAUUGAAGAAUGGAACAUCUCCUCCCCAAACAUAGAAGCUAUCGGUAUUAAAAUUAAAAAUACAAAUAACAACUUCAAUUUAAUAGCGGUCUAUAGAAAACCAUAUGGUUCAGAAACAAUUACUUCAUGGCAGGAUAUAUUAAAAUUUAAAGGAGUCGAUGACAAUUCAAUUAUUUUGGGCGAUUUCAACUCCCACCAUACUAUUUGGAAUUGUGAUAGAAUAGACAAAAACGGAGAAAAUUUAUACUUAACAAUGUUUAACAAAGGCUACGUUAGUAUAAAUAAUGAUACUAAAUCUCGGCUAAAUUACUACAAUCAGUCUGCUUCUAAUAUUGAUUUGGCAUUUGCUAAUAGAGAUCUAAUAGGAAAGCUAGAAUAUGUACAAAUAAAAGAUACAUGGGGAUCUGAUCAUUAUCCAAUAGAGAUUAGUGUUAAUAGUAUUAUUUCACAAUAUAAAAAAAGAACAAAUAGAAUUACAAACAAAAACACAGAUUGGAGGUCUUUUAAGAACAAGGUAGAGGAGGAUUUACAAAAAAUCCAGGACAGAUCGAUUGAUUGUGGUAAUUUGGAGGAGAAAUAUAAAAUAUUUAUAGAUAUUAUCAAAAAGCAGCCAUGUUAGCAACAGGUAAAAAAACUGACAAAUGUAUAGAUAAUAACUCUAAUGUAAAUAAUAGAAUUGAUGCGUGUAAGCUCAGACAACCUGUUAAAUGGUGGGAUAAUGAAUGCUCAGAGAUAAUAGAGAAUAGAAAAAAAAACUAAAGAUAUGGAAACGGACAGGAAAAGUGGAGGAUUUUAUUGAAUUCAAAAAAAGUCGCGCACUAGCUAGAAAAGUCAUCAAUAGAAAGAAAAAAGAAGAUUUUAUUAAAUUUUGUAAUAGUAUUAAUAAACAUACUAGUAUGAAGUACGUUUGGAAUUCAAUGCGUAUAUAUAAGAAUGUAAGAAAUAAGAUUAACUGGAACGUUUGGCAACAUAAAGAUAGAGAACAAGAAAUAUGGAAUACGAUUGAAGAACUUGCUCCUCCAUGGGUUGCAGAGGAAAAAACAACAAGACGGAUAACAAAUACGACAGAUAGAGAGGAGUUGAAUAGGAUGUUUUCUAUGGAAGAGCUCUCCCGUGCCCUAUGGAUGAUUAAAAGAAACUCAGCUCCAGGGUUAGACGGAAUAGAUUAUAUAAUGCUAAAAAACCUACCGAAAAUUGGCAAACAAUUACUUCUAAGGUUGUUCAAUGAAAUUUGGAUGAGGGAUUGGUUUCCGUCGGAUUGGAGAAACUAUCAGAUUUUGUUUAUUGAUAAAAUAGGAAAAGAAAAAGUCAGACCUGUUGCACUUUCUUCAUGUGUAGGAAAAUUAAUGGAAAGACUGAUAAACGAAAGACUUAUUUGGUGGCUAGAAAAAGAAAAAAAGCUAUCAUCAAUGCAAAAUGGAUUCCGUAGGGGGAGAUCAUGUAUGGAAAAUUUAGUAAAGCUAGUAUCGGAUGUUCGUGGAACGAAUCUGGCCGACAAUUACACCUUAGCGGCUUUCUUGGACGUCUCAGCGGCGUACGAUAAUGUAGACUUUGAUAUAUUAAUAGAGAAAUUAAGAAGGGAAAAGUGUCCAACGGGUAUUUACAAUUUUAUUAGUAGAUGGUUAGAACCUCGUGAUACAUCUUUUGUGAUUAAUAACCAAAGAGUAGAAAUUAGAAAAGUUAACAAAGGCUUGCCACAGGGAGCAGUUCUUAGCCCUAUUCUAUAUGCGUUAUACACGAAUAAAUUGACUUCCAGAUUGGAAAAUUCAGUCCAAAUAGUACAAUUUGCGGAUGAUAUCGCGGUAUAUGUACAAAGUUCCAACAGAUUUGAAAAUAAAAUAAACUUGGAGGUAGCAGUUAAUAGAAUAGCGAAGAAUCUAGAAAUUCUAAAACUAGACUUGGCACCACAUAAAACAAAUCUGGUGGAAUUUUCUAAAAAGGGAUUCUGUGAUAAAAGGCUCUCUAUUAAUGUUAAGAAAACAAGAAUUUUUAAUAAUCAGGGAGCUAGAUUUCUAGGAAUUUGGUUAGAUAAUAAGCUGGAUUUUGAUAAACAAGUUAGUGAUAUUAGAGGCAAAGUUAGUAGAGCUAAUAAUAUUAUGAAAUACCUUAGUAAUAUAACUAGAGGCGUAGAAGUGAAUACUGCUUUGAUUCUAUAUAAAAGUAUAGUAAGAUCAGUUAUGGAUUACGGUUUGUUUGUGUAUAGUCCAACUUCAAAAUCUGUUCAACUUAAAUUAGAAAGGGGCCAAUUCCUGGUAAUUCGUACAGCUUUAGGAUAUAGAAAUAGCACGCCAAAUAAUGUGUUGAUUGCAGAAUCCAAGGUUAUUUUAUUAAAAGAUAGAGCUUUGAUGUUAGCUAAAAAUUUUUGUAGCAAAAUAUUUAAAUAUGGAGAAAAUACACUUAGAAAUAGUCUUAAUAACCUUCUAAACAAAGAGAUGUUUGCAAGAUAUAGAAAUCCAAGUUUUAAUAAGAGUACUAUUAGCGAAGCAUGGGAGUAUACGCGUCGUUUUAGCAACAAACUAGGUGCCCAAGAACACACUUUUGAAAUAUGGAACAUGGAAUAUAGCUCCCUGACUAAUGCGAUAAAUAUAGAUUUUGAAAUCGGCAAGAUCAUUAAAAAAAAAGGAAAAAAAAGUGACUGUGAUAUUAGUAAAAUAAAAGGAUAUAGGACUUUAGAUAUUAAAAUGAUUAACGAAAUUAAACAGAGAUAUAAGUUAGAUAAUAAAACUUUUAUUAUGUA